UGCUGCUCUUGUCGCUCUCGUCUCUUUCUGCAAACGAUAUGCGCGUAGACUGAUAAUCCCUCUAUUGAUUUUCCCAAUCGAGUGAUGGAGGUGGUUUUGGAGGGGUUUGAUUGGUCAAUGCGAGGAGAGGCGUAUCGAUCCGUAAAACGGUAAAGCCGUUUUGAACAGUAGGCUACCAGCCAUCAUGGACGUUUUAUGAGAGGUAAAUGGUAAAUGGACUACAUUUAUACAACACCUUUCUAACAAGUGGCCACUCAAAGCGCUUUACAAUUAUUGCUUAACAUUCACCAUUUCACGUACACAUGAACACACCAACGGCGGAGUCAACCACGUAGUGCGACAGCCAGCUCGUCGGGAGCAGUCAGGGUGAGGUGUCUUGCUCAGGGACACCUCGAUACUAAGGAGCCGGGGAUCUAACCAGCAACUUUCCGGUUUGCCAGCCAACCCGCUCUACCUCCUGAGCCACAUGCCGCCCCUAGAAGUAACCAUCAUGGAUGUUUAAUAAGAGCCAUGCCAUGGCCCUGAGCCCCGUCCGCCUCUACCUCCAGACCCCCGCGGUAACCCGGGUCUACGUGACCGCCUGCGUCCUGACCACAGCGGCCGUGCAACUUGGUCUGAUCACUCCUCUCCAGCUCGCCUUCAACCCUCAGCUGGUCUUCAGGGAGUGGCAGAUCUGGCGUCUGAUAACAAACUUCUUGUUCUUCGGCUCUCUCAGCUUUGGCUUCUUGAUCAACAUCAUCUUUCUGUUCCGGUACUGCCGCCUGCUGGAAGAAGGCUGCUUCAGGCGCCGGACGGCUGACUUCGUCUUCCUCUUUCUGUUUGGCGGAGUCCUAAUGACCGUAAUGGGUGUGUUCACGGACCAGGUCUUUCUGGGCCAGUCCUUCCCCUCCAUGCUGGUCUACGUGUGGAGCCGGCGGAACCCGCUCCUGAAGAUCCACUUCCUGGGCUUCCUGUCCUUCCACGCCCGCUUCCUGCCCUGGGGGCUGGUUGCAUUUUCACUUAUGCUCGGCAACUCAAUCGUCGUUGAUGUUCUCGGGAUUAUGGUGGGUCAAACAUACUUCUAUCUGGAGGAUGUCCUACCAAACCAGCCGGGUGGAUGGAAGCUCCUCCGGACGCCACAUAUCCUACGGUGUGUGUUGGAUCACCAGGAGGGGGAGCCAUUAAUGCUGCGCUAGAGCUACGCUAGAAGUUCGCAGCACUAAAGCUACAGUCCCUGGGCUCAUGGACAGAGUGGGUCCACCCUCAAGUCCGACCAGCCUCUUUCCUUCAGUCCCACACAUUAACAGAAUAGCCUUACUGAAUCAAGCUUCCUUGUGCUCCGAUGGGACGGAAAUAGACCGGCCAAAUAACUGGUAUCUUAUGGAAGUACUCCAAGAAGCAUUGGAGGAGAGCGUCCACCAAAUAGCUUAGGAUGAUAUGAAUAUUAUCCAUAUUUAUUUAUGUCUCAAAUUAUGCAAAAACGGUGAAGCAUGAAGGUGAAACCUCUGCAAAUGACAUUUAAUAUCUAAAAACCUUUAAACCAUCUAUUAAAACAUUAGAUAUCUUUAUAGCAGAAAUAAAGCAUUAUACAUUUAACAGUCAUCAGUGGCCAACUAGGACCAUGACUAAAUGUUUUAAAGGACGAGGUCUGAAAGGUUUCAGCCUAGCGCUGGAAUCUGUGCCAGGUCUGCACUUUCCCUGUUGCCUUUGUGGAGAUCACAGAAUAGAAAGUGCUGAGAGAGAUAACCCACCUGCGACCUCAUGGCUGCAAACCAUCUGACCGUGGACUCAAAGACCAUCACAAUCAUUAUCAUUCAAUCAACACAUUCAUGUACCAGAUAUUGCAUGAACCGUGACAUUUGUCAGUUUUCUGAAGUGACUACUGUAAGAUUAAAGAACCAUAUUUCAAACAACAAA